AACCAUGCCAGACGCCCCUAGAGAAAUCGGCAUAUAAAAGCGCACGCCCUGCGAUUCGACCCAAUGGCGUCGCGUCACGUCGUCGCUCCGCGCCGUCUUCUCUUCGCCUUUAAACCCCGUCUCUCGCCUACCACUUUACCUACCACUACCAGAAUCGCUCCUCCUCUGAAGAAGAAAACGACCAUCACUCGCCUCUCCUUCUCCGUCUCCGCUUCGUCGAUGGCUUCUUCUCCCAUGAAGGUUUUGGUCCCGGUGGCCAACGGGACGGAGCCGCUCGAGGCGGUGGUGACGAUCGACGUGCUGCGGAGGGCCGGGGCCGAGGUCACCGUGGCCUCGGCGGAGGAGCAGCUCCGCGUCGACGUGUGCCACGGCGCGAAGAUCGUCGCCGACGCUCUGAUCUCCGACUGCGCCGACGCGGCCUUCGAUCUGGUCUCGCUACCUGGAGGAAUGCCUGGUGCUUCUAGCCUCAGAGACUGUAAGGUUUUGGAAGACCUGGUGAAGAAACAAGCUGCAGAUGGUCGGCUGUAUGCUGCUAUCUGCGCAUCGCCUGCAGUAGUGCUAGGAUCAUGGGGCUUGCUGAAGGGAUUGAAAGCAACUUGUCAUCCAUCUUUAAUGGAGCAGUUAUCAUCAUUUGCUACAGCUGUCGAAUCCAGGGUGCAGGUAGAUGGCAAAACGGUUACCAGUCGCGGGCCUGGUACCACUAUGGAGUAUGCUGUUACCUUAGUCGAGCAAUUGUUUGGAAAAGAGAAGGCAGAAGAAGUUGGCGGGCCACUGGUGAUGCGCUCCAAUCAUGGCGAUGAAUAUCAUAUGUUGGAACUGAAUCCAAUGGACUGGACUUUUGAUAAAGGCCCUCAGCCUCAGAUUCUGGUGCCUAUUGCCAAUGGCUCAGAGGAAAUGGAAGCUGUUAUCAUCAUUGAUGUUCUCCGGCGAUCAAAAGCAAAUGUUGUCAUAGCCUCUGUUGAGGAUAAAGUUGAGAUUGAAGCAUCUCGCAAAGUGAAACUAGUUGCAGACAUGCUCUUAGAUGAGGCUUCUAAACUCUCAUAUGAUCUAAUUGUGUUGCCUGGAGGAUUGGGUGGAGCUCAGGCAUUUGCUAAGUGUGACAAAUUAGUCAAUUUACUGAAAAAGCAGAAGGAAUCAAAUAGACCAUAUGGAGCGAUAUGUGCGUCCCCAGCUUUAGUUCUGGAGCCUCAUGGUUUGUUGAAGGGAAAGAAGGCCACAGCUUUCCCUGCACUGUGCAAUAAGUUGUCAGAUGCAAGCGAAGCUGAAAACAGAGUGGUGGUGGAUGGCAACCUCAUAACAAGCAGAGGCCCUGGAACUACCAUGGAAUUUGCAUUGGCGAUAGUGGAAAAGUUCUUUGGCCGCAAGAAGGCAUUAGAUCUCGCCAAGGCCCUGGUUUUUACUCAUCCCUAGAGCCCUUUUUGACUGCUUUCAUGCUUCCUCGUGGAGCCAGCUGUGAAAUGCCUGAACUCAUGUUCAGGUAUGAGUUAAUUUCGCCAGCCACGUGUGUAUGUACGAAUAAGGCGCGAAGUGAGUCUGAGUAACUUGCUGUGUGCAACCCUUUUGUAUCGAUGUAAUCACCUCGGGAUGUUACUCGCGGAUCUUGGGGUUGUGAAGAUUAUUAACCUUGGGUGCUUAUGGUUUGGACAAAUUGUAACUUUCCCUUUACGCGUCAGCCGUGAUGCGUACA